AAGCCCCAACACAGCCGCAGUGUAGAAUCUGAGAAGACAAUGGCUUGGCGCUCAGGAUCUCUUUCUCGGACGCUAAUGUCCACUGUGCGCUCUUCUUCUUCCCGGUUAACUCCAUCGGCUCCUCAACUCCGGCCGCCGCCGGUCACUGCUCCUCGGCGUCUCCCGGCCCGCCAUUUCUCUGCUCCUUCCAGGAGCUUGGGAGAAUUGGGAUGCGUUCAAUCCUUUUUGCCCAUUUACAGCGUGACAGCAGCAUCCUGUUUGACAUCCCACCUCACUAUUAAUGUCAGGGCUUUUUGCGAGCUGUCUCAUGGUACCUUCUGCCGUACUUGUCAAGAUCGCUAGUGGUCUCUUUGUACUUAAAGUUCAAUGGGAUUAAACACAUCUAUGUGCGGCAAUAUGAAGGUGCAGGGGACUCUUGAAGAGUUGAUACAUCAGGAACUAUGGUCUGGAAUAGGAUAAUAAGUGUUCUUUAUAAUCAGAACUGGGAUUAAAACAUUUGCUAGAUACUCAUAUGGGCGAGCUGUUAUUUCUUGUUCAUCAUUGUUCACAAUGUCUGUGAUUGAUUUACAGUUAAAAAGAAUUUUUAUUUGACGUAGUCUCAAUCAAAUAGUGGAUAAUAUUCUAAACUCCA